AACGUGUGCAUCACACACUACACAUGCCAGGAAAUCACUAUCUCUCUCUCCACCUUCGCCUUUUGUGAUUCUCCUCUUAGCCUUAUGACCACUACUACUACUAGUAUGUGACGCGUAGGAUUUAGCCGUUAUAAUUUAUUACCGUGGGCUUACUUAACUGGACCAGUAAUUUAUAUGGCCCACAUAUUAAAACGACACGUAUUGCUAAGAUUAUAAAGAAAAAUGGUAGGAUGUGGUAACUUAAAAACGCCGUGUAUUCUAAACCUCUGUUCAUUAGUCGAGAACAUUCCGACUUCUCUCUCCCUGAGGUCCGGCAAGCCAUGGCGGUUCGUCUCGCGAGGUCAUUGGUUGCAUCAUCCUCGUCACUACGGUCGUAUUUUUCCCUCGGAAAUCGCAGCUCGGCCUCAGAUAUCACUUCAUCUGAGGUUAACGGCGGCGAUAGAGCUUUUGCCUUUUAUUCGUCUUCGUCCUCUUGGUGGUCGUCUCCGGAGGAUCUGACGGCUGGAUCGAAGAGGAGAGAGAAGAAGACCACAGACCGUUUCUCUGCCGUAAUUGACGCAGUUCAUGACCGGAAACUCCCGCCGGAGCUACGUGGCCGGCGCGAUUUCGUAAGGUCCAAGCUCAAUUCAAAUUCACUGUUCCCUUGGUUUUGCGGUGGAGUUUUUACGAGGCAGUUCAGCUCAGAGACUAAGCGAGUUAACACCAAAGUCAAUUUCUCUCUGUCUAAUGAUGAUUCAGAUGAGGAAACUCCGGUUACUAGAGAUUCUGGUAAGCCAGAGCUUCCGCCUCCUUAUGACCCAUUCAGCAAGAAACUGGCGAUUGAGGAACCAGAGGAUCCUAAGAAUCUCCAAGAAAUAUUCCACAAGAUGAGAACUGAGGGUUUUACUAAUGAAGCUGUGAAAAUGUUUGAUGCCUUGUCUAAAGACGGGCUAACACAUGAGGCGCUCGAGCUCUUCUCUCAGAUUAAAGAUAAAAAUCAAAUGCCAGAGGUGGUGGCUCAUACUGCUAUCGUUGAGGCCUAUGCUAAUGCAGGCCAGGCCAAAGAGGCGCUCAAGGUUUUCAUGCGUAUGCUUUCCUGUGGCGUUUCGCCUAAUGCCUAUACAUAUACAGUUUUGAUCAAAGGGCUCGCAGGGGAUGCCAGAACACUUAAGGAUGCGAAGAAGUACUUGUUGGAAAUGAUGGGAAUUGGCAUGAGCCCUAAUGCUGCCACUUACACUCCAGUGUUUGAAGCUUUUGUAAAAGAGGGAAAAGAGGAAUCAGCUAGAGAAUUGUUGCAAGAAAUGAAGGGAAAGGGUUUUGUGCCAGAUGAGAAAGCUGUCAGAGACUGACAUAGUCAACGUGGUUGAGCAAAGGAUAUGGCAUUCGAUGGAAGAAGGCCACUUUGAGAACUUACCUGGUAAAGGCAAACCCUUGAACCUCCACACAAAUCCUCACGCAGACCCAGCUGAGGAUACAUUGUAUCGGAUUCUUAACAAGAACGGGUUUGCUCCUGAAUGGGUGGAACUCAACAAAGAGAUAAGAAACAAAGCAAAAGAAUGGAGAGU